AUGGCAAACAACAACCCAGCCAUCAAGUCCGAGCCUGGCAAUGAGGCGUGGGAUGAAGAACGCCUAGAGCAGUCAUUGAACCAGCUGAAGCUGUUGCACACCCAGCUGCGAGGUUUGCGCACCACGAUCCCACGGAUGAUGGACCCUUUGUCCGCGCAUCAACCGACUCCCAAGGACAAGUUCGCCAGUUUCAUCAAGUCAGUAGAGGCGGCCAGAAAGGAGGUGCAGGAUUUCCAAGAUCUUCGAAAGAGCGAGCAGAUGACCAAGAUCAUGAACCAUGCCUCCCAGAGACGAAGGGAAGAGCCCAACGGCGUCAAGCCCUGGCGCGCUACUGAACACCCCGACUGGACAACAUUAGAGCCAGAGUCGUCAUAG